AUGAACAAAGAAUUGGCAUCUAAUUUCCUAUCAAGCAUCAAGCAUGAACGCGAUCAGGACAUUCAAACAACUUCUAGAUUAUUAACGACGCUGUCUAUUCAACAAUUGGUGCAAAAUGGCUUAGCAAUAAACAACAUACAUUUGGAAAACAUAAGGUCCGGUCUCAUUGGCAAACUGUAUAUGGAACUAGGGCCUAACUUGGCAAUAAACGACAAAAUCCAAAGAGGUGAUAUUAAGGUUGGUGAUAUUGUUUUGAUACGUCCGUCAAAAACCAAGGUAAGUACAAAGACUAAGCUCAAGGCCAAAAAGGCGUCUGGAGACUCCAAUGGGGAGCAAGUGGAAUGCUCAGGCGUUAUCUACAAGAUGAGCGAUACUCAAAUCACCAUAGCUUUAGAAGAAUCUCAAGAUGUCGUUGCUACCACGUUUUAUUCUUAUAACAAACUUUAUAUUUUAAAAACUACUAAUAUCGUCACGUAUAAGAGAAUGGAAUCCACAAUGAGAAAGCUAUCUGAAAUUAGUUCACCGAUACAAGACAAAAUGAUACAAUAUUUGGUGAAUGAACGUCCCUUUAUCCCCAACACUAACAACCUUCAAAACAUUGAAUCUUUCUUGAACCCGAAUUUAAAUGAUUCUCAAAAAACUGCCAUUAAUUUCGCCAUUAACAAUGACUUGGCUAUUAUACAUGGUCCUCCUGGGACUGGUAAAACGUUCACAUUAAUUGAAUUGAUCCAGCAAUUGUUAAUCAAAAAUCCCGAAAAGAGAAUCUUAAUUUGUGGGCCUUCCAAUAUUUCUGUGGAUACGAUCCUGGAAAGGUUAACACCUCUCGUGUCGAAUAAUUUGUUAUUAAGAAUUGGUCAUCCUGCUAGGCUAUUGGACUCUAAUAAGAGACACUCCCUUGAUAUACUUAGUAAAAAAAAUACUAUUGUGAAGGAUAUUUCCCAAGAGAUUGACAAAUUAAUUCAGGAAAAUAAAAAACUGAAGAACUAUAAACAACGUAAAGAAAAUUGGAACGAAAUCAAACUGCUGCGCAAAGAUUUAAAAAAGAGAGAAUUCAAAACUAUUAAGGAUUUAAUCAUACAAUCGAGGAUAGUAGUCACCACUUUACACGGUUCAUCAUCGAGAGAACUAUGUUCCCUUUAUAGAGAUGAUCCAAAUUUCCAGCUUUUCGAUACAUUGAUCAUUGAUGAAGUCUCACAAGCCAUGGAACCACAAUGCUGGAUCCCAUUAAUUGCACAUCAAAAUCAGUUUCAUAAAUUAGUUCUUGCUGGUGACAAUAAACAAUUGCCGCCCACAAUCAAAACUGAAGACGACAAAAAUGUCAUUCACAAUUUGGAAACCACACUAUUUGACAGACUCAUUAAAAUCUUCCCCAAAAGAGAGAUGGUAAAAUUUCUUAACGUUCAGUACAGAAUGAAUAAAAGAAUUAUGGAGUUUCCAUCACUCUCAAUGUAUAAUGGAGAACUAUCGGCCGAUGCAACGGUUGCGAACAGACUUUUGAUAGACCUACCCACGGUUGAUGCUACGCCAUCUGAGGAUGAUGUCGAUACAAAACUUCCUUUAAUUUGGUAUGAUACGCAAGGAGAUGAAUUUCAGGAGACUGCAGAUGAAGCGACUAUUCUUGGAUCCAAGUAUAAUGAGGGCGAGAUUGCCAUUGUAAAAGAACAUAUCGAGAACUUAAGGUCUUUCAACGUCCCAGAGGUUUCUAUAGGUGUUAUCUCUCCAUAUAGUGCACAGGUUUCACAUUUGAAAAAAUUGGUUCAUGAUGAGUUAAAAUUAAUUGACAUUGAAAUAUCAACUGUGGAUGGAUUCCAAGGCCGUGAAAAAGAUGUUAUUAUAUUGAGUUUAGUUCGUAGUAAUGAAGAAUUUGAAGUUGGUUUCCUGAAGGAAGAACGAAGACUGAACGUCGCCAUGACAAGACCUAGGAGACAACUGGUUGUUGUUGGCAAUAUAGAAGUUCUACAAAGAUGCGGUAACAAGUACCUAAAAAGUUGGUCGAAAUGGUGUGAAGAAAACGCUGAUGUAAGGUACCCCAACAUUGACGAUUAUUUGUAA